AAAAUAUAGCUAAUAAGUUAUGAACUAAAUACUAUACAGGUAACAACUUUUAUUGAUACAUAGCUUUCAUACCAGGUAAAUAAAGUUUUACUAUAAGAUUAAAAACAAACAAUCAUAGUACACAAAACAUAGGUAAAGAGAUCCCAGGUGUACCAAGACUGGGUUAUUGCAAUGACUUUUAGAUGUUUGAUAAGGGCAUGACUUGAAUACUGGCCAAUUUCAAUUUUAGAAAGAAACAUUGUUUCAGUAUGGAAUUUUAUAAUUGGAUGUAUAAUAUAUUUCUAUAAGCUUCACGUAUAUAACUAUCAGCUGAUAAACAAGAAAUCUUUGUCAUAGCACUGGAGAUUACAUUUAUCAUGGAUAAUAUUACUGGAAGUAUUCAAUGGAUGUAAAAUUAAUAAUAUAUUCAUAACAGAUUAUGUGUGUGGAGUUUAUAAUAUUAUAGUUUUAACAAGGAUCAUUGCAUUCAAAAGUGACAACUUCAGUUUGAAAAUAAAGGAAGGCUGAAAAUACCAAACUAGACACAUGAGUUGAAGAAUGAUUAAGAAUUUACCCUUGGUUAUAAUACUUGUAUUCUAUGUUUUAAUAUAUACAGAGGGCUGUGGUAGAACUCCUUCUCAACCAUCACCACCAGCAACUACACCUCGAUCUAGUGAAAAUUCUACAAUACCAGAAAAUCACAGAUUAUCAUGUACAGAGAACGAAACAUAUCAGACAGCAUGUCUGAACGGUGGAUCAUGCUUUGCCACAUAUGUAGAGUAUAGGACCAUACAGUGUGCGUGUCCAAAGAAAUAUGUAGGUGACCGUUGUCAGAUGAUAGAUCCUACCAUUAUAUUUGGUAGAGAAAAUGAAGAGAAAGUGACAAAAGCAGGUUUAGCUGCAGGAUUAACAGCUCUCAUCUUAUUUUUAACAGUAUUAAUAUUUAUACUCAUUUGGCACAGGCGAUACAAAAGAAGAAAAGAUAGAGAAAAACAAAACAAAGAAAAACAACUAAUACAAUAUAAUAAUGGUGAUCUCAAUAAUGGCAAUUACAAGCCUGCCUUAACUAGCAGAAACAGAGAUAGUUAUGUUGAAUCAAUUCCAUUAACUUCUUUACCUUAUAAUCAAACAGAAGAAAUCCAUAAAGAAGAAGAAAAACCGUUACAAUUAAGUCAAAACUCUAGUUUUUCAGACAGUGAUAGUAGAAAAUUAUUAGCGUCUAUUAAAUACAUGGAUGAUGAUGACGAUGGUGCUUCUCCAGAAUUUGUAUAGCAUAUCAACACAUAUAACAUUUCAUUUGAUCUGAAGCAUGUCAUGUGAUAUUCUCCAUUUGAUUCAUUCUCCAUUUAAUGUCAACAAGUGAGUUGCACUAGUUUGUCAAAAGCAACAGUAAUUUUGCAACUUCAUGAUUUCAUAUCAAAGUCAUUUAUUUGAGGCAUUACAAGCAUCAUAAUUGAGCAACAGCAUCAAGGGGGAUAAUUCAUAGAUGUUCAUGCAGGGAGAUAACUGGAUAUUUGACUAACUUAUUGGUAUGGAACACAGAAAUUCAUUUUGUGAUAUACAAAAAGACAUUUGAACAGUGAUAGAAAAGUUCCUAUGGUUGAAUUACAUUGCACCAGAAGAUGUUAUGUUUCUGAUUUAAAAGUGAAUGAAAUUAUAUUUAGUACAUUUUGUAUUUGGCUGUUUAGCUAUCUGUUUUGGCACAGGUUAGCAUUUUGUCUGAUUUCUUGAUAAUUUCAUAAAUUUAAAAUUUUUUUAAAAAAGAUUUAGAUAUGGUGAAUGGUUGAAGGUUUUACAUACUAUGCUAGAAUUUAGUCAAUAAAUUAUGCAAAAUGAAAAUAAAAAUAAAAGCCUGCCAUUCUCUGUUAAAAAAAAAAGAAAAUCAUAGGUAUGAAUUUAAAAAUGUAUAAAAAAAAAGGAAAAUUUUUAGAUUUAUGCUUAAAUACUGACAAAUAUUUAAAACCUGAAAUUACAUUUAUUAUCACAUAUCUUGCAUUCUGUAAAUACAUUAUUAUUCUGACAUAACCAUGAUAUGGUCGGUCUGUACAAUUUUGAAUAUCUACACUUGUUCAGACAGAGACUUUUCAUCAGUUUCAUUUUUCUGUGAUUUAUGCAAUAGAAAACUUUAUGAUAGCAGCCAUUUCAUUUUAGUUAAAUUCAUUAUAAUUUAUUUUCAUUAUAUAUUAUCAUUUCAGUUCAUUGUAAAAUAGUUUGUCAUUGUUUAUAUUUAACAAUACAAUGUUUCAUGAGGAAUUUUAUCAAUAGCAUUUUAAUACAAAGUCACUGCCAUAGUUUGUUUGUAAUUAUAUGGUAAGAUGCAUUUAUUUAUGUCCAUUUUUGUACAAUCUAUGUUUGUUUUUUAAUAAAAGAUCUUGGAAAAAAUGAUUAUCAAUAUUUUUAGUCGUUAGCUCAUCUGACCUGAAGGUCCAUGUGGGUCAUUGUUAUAUUAUUUAUAUCAUCUUUUGCUAACUUUUAUGUUACAAUACAUUCAGGAACCAAAGUUGUGUGAGAUCACAAUUGAAAUGUGUUAAGGAGGGGUUUAUUUCCUCUUAUUUUGGAAGUAAGAUAAAAUCAUGAAGACAUUCCUUAGAAUCAGGGAUACUCCUAGAAGUUGUGAAAUCUUAACUCCUCAAAAAUAAUCCAAUCUAUAUAUAGGUUUCUUUUAGGAGACUUUUAAUAAAAUGGAUACUUUGAUUUGUGUUUUUCAUUACACUUGGGAGUCAUUUGAGCUUUGCUAAGAUUGGUCAAAACUUGAAUGUUUUUUUUUAUUUCGAACGACUGAGGACAAAGUUAUUUUUGAAAUAUAUAAAAAUAAAAAUCUAAAAACUCU